GUGCCACGUUUACUCGACAUAGGGGCGGGGGUUUCUUGCGGCUCCUUCUGUAGGGAUCGCGGAUUUCGAUGCCUUCCGGUGUGCCCCUCGCACAAUCACUGUGAAUUCGGCGGUGGGAAGCUCAUAUUAACCGGAUAACUGAGAUUAUAUUCGGAAUUGGGUUUGGAAUUCGUUGUACAUGGCGAGUGGAUGGAGGAGGGCUUUUGGGAAUGCGAGGUCCUUUGCUGGGAAUGCCAUGGGCGGUCUGAGGGGCGGCAGUAGUUUAGCGUCGUGGGCCGUCGCCGGAACCCUAGCGUACUACCUUUGGAUCUAUCCUUCACAGCAGCUCAGAAGAGAGCAAGAGGAAAGGGCGGCGUUGGCGGCAGCUUCUGAUCCCUAUCGAUAUGUUGAGAAGCGAAAGCCGAUUCCGGAUCCUCAGGUGACGGGAUUGGUAUACGGGAAUAAAGGCGAAUCAAAAAGGGAUGAUUAGGGUUGGGGGAGUUUAUUCAGUGAGCUCUUUUUCGUUUGUUUUUUUUAGGUUGAAUACUUAGCUGAAAUUUAGCGAUCACGAAAGUUAUGCAUAUCGUAUCAAUACAUGUACGUAGUCAUAAUAAUAACCGCUAGAGUGGCAAUAAUGGUGAAAGAUACUUCAAGUAUAUAAUAUUUGCGUUCUGUCUGUCUCCUUGUAUCAACACAAUCUAUAAUAUAAUGCAAGGAUUGUUCA